AUUCAAAUGAGGUGUGUCUUUUCCUCCGUGCUUCAAUGGCGGCGAUGAAGAUAACACUGACUCCACCUUUGGAAGCAGAAAACGCAUUAGAAACGUCGCUGAGGGAAGCUUUUCAGUCUCAGAAAGCAUUUCUGAGACCCCCUUUCUCCUUAGCCAUUCCAAGCCCCGAUCAAUACACCCUCCUCAACCGCGCCAUCCUUCACGGCGUUUUAACGGAACCCCAAUUCGCCAAAACCCACAUCAAACACUUGCACGCCAUCGUCACCGACGGCUACGCCACCUUCGUCACCCUCCUCCUCGGCCUCGUCAACCACCUUUACCCCAAACUCCUCGCAUCCGUCAAAACGCAGCUACUCUGGCUCACCGAUCAAACGGUGUGCGUUUUGGGCAUCGGCUACGACGCCGUUUUGGUCUCCCUUUUGCGCCAAAUCGUCGGUGCCGAUUGCAGCGAUGGAAACUUGUGGCUCUGCUCCAAGUUGGUCACCCUCUUUCUGGAACAGUGGGACCGCUUAUUGGAAGACUCGCCCCACGUUUUGUCGUGCGCUUUGUACACAUUUCUUAGGGUUUUAACGGAUCAUUGUAGGGGUGGUAGCGUUGAAAAGUUGGAGACUUUGAAGCGGUUGGAGAUUCAUCUGUGCGUGAAGAUAAUGAGAGAAGAGUUUCACUUGUGUUUGAAAAUUGGGAGGGAUUUUAUUCGCCUGUUGCAGGAUUUGGUUCAUGUUCCGGAGUUUAGGGCUAUGUUGAAAGACAUUGUGUUUAAUCCGUGUGUGUUUAAUGUUGUGGGGUUUCAGUUUAAGGAUGUUUCUCAGAUUUACUCGAGCAGGACUUCAAGCAGGUAUUCUCUGCUGAGGAUCAGUCCUGACAUGGAGACCCAAUUGAGGUUUUUGCUUACAAGCAUAAAGUUGGGGCAUCAGAAGAGACAUCAGGUUUGGUUUGCUAAGAAGUUUUUGAGUGAACCUGAUAAAGAGUUUGUUAUAAUUGAUAUUGUGAGGUUCAUAUGCUGUGCGCACCACCCUCCAAAUGAGAUAAUUCAGUCUGAUAUCGUUCCUAGGUGGGCGCUUAUUGGUUGGCUUUUGACCUCUUGUAGGAGGAACGAUGUUGUGGCUAAUGUGAAACUGGCUUUGUUUUAUGACUGGCUCUUUUUUGAUGAAAGGGUGGAUACCAUUAUGAACAUUGAGCCUGCGAUUCUGCUCAUGGUGCAUUCUAUUCCAAAGUAUGUUGACAUCACUCAUGCUCUUCUUGAGUUCUUAUUGCAUCUUGUGGACAGUUAUGAUGUAGAAAGGAAGAGUGUGUUGGUUAAAGGUGUGUCAUCGGCUUUUCAGUUGCUUGUGCGCAAAGGUGUGAUUCGGUCACUUGAUGUCUUGAUCUCUUGUCCUGUAAUUCACCCUGCUUUGAAAGAGAGGUUGAAAAGGUUAUUAGCAUGUGGAAAGCUUGAAAGCUCUUGAAGGAUUCUUCCUAAGAUAAUUGCUGCUUGGUAGCCAACAGUAUUGAGUUUCUUCAAAUUGUGUCCUCAAUCUGAACCAAUGUACAUAGACUACAAUAUGUUUGAUAGAAGCAUGUACAACAAACAGUAUUGAGUAUGGUGGGGAGAAAUAGGCUGAGGUUCACUUCUGCCAGCCAUUACUUGCUUGAGUUUCUCAAAGGACUCUCAUCUCCUCAUCUGAACAACAUUUUAUGCCAAUUACUGCAAUGUUUCUAAGUCAUUCUGAUGAGAAAAAGUAAACAAGGCCUUAGCGAAUAAAUAAGCGUAAUAGAAUGCUUCAAAUUCAA